GGGUGGCCGUGAACAAAAGCGCACACACUCCUCCCGGUUUGGAGCAGAGAAAUUGAUGCCGCACCUCAGUCACACCCAGAGGCCUUGAGACUCAACACUCUUUAAUUCUUGCAGCUACAAAAAAAGGAGCUUUCUUCGUCAAAAGAGGCAACAGCGAGUCUUUCUCCUACUGAGCACUUUAUUACUGGGAACGGAGAAAGCUGGAGCAGGAGAGUGACUGACUGCGACUGGAAGUCUGCGAGAGCUGAGGAGCAAAGACAGAGGAGGGGAAGCAAGAAGGGAGGACAAGAAUUUUGAAAAAGCUCUGAGUUGGAGAGGAAGAUGGUGGGUCAGUGCUGGUUGUUUAUGGUUCUGAUGGGAUUUAUGUGCAGCCCUGGGUCUGGCUCGGUGUGCUUGGAGAGCUCCCGGUGCAACGACUUGAGCGACAAGGACAUAAUACAGGACUGCCUUCACCUCUGCACCCCCGCAACCGAGCCUGAAAUCAAACCACCCGGGGUCGCAGGUCAGCAGGAGAGUGACGACUUUGGUGAUCCUGAGAGGAGCCAUAGGGGUGACCUGCUGUUCAGCAUCAUUCUCUCCACUCUGGCUUCUGGAGGCAAAGUACCAGAGGGAGAUCUGAAAGCCCACGAUGACCAGCGCCGCUCUUACGCAAUGGAGCAUUUCCGUUGGGGGAAGCCCUUCGGCCGAAAGCGCAGGCCUGUUAAAGUGUUCCCCUCCGCUCUGGAUGAGGAGGCCUUCGCCCUGCGGGCGCGCAGGCACUUGAGCUGGAACAAAGCUGAAUCAAAGGGAGGCGUCGUUAAAGGGAGGCAUCGGAAUAAGGAUCUGCUCGGGCCCAGAGCCGGGUUCAGGUCUCGGGCCACGCCGGAGAGAAAAGCCGAGACCUACAGGAUGAGUCACUUCAGAUGGGGCAGCCCGCCUGCAUCCAAACAAAACAAUCGCUUCGGGAAGCUGUGGGAGGAGAAACCUCGGGAAAAGCUGUCCAAGUUAUUCAAGAACAUUUUAGUGAAGGAUGUGAAAAUGAUAAUGGGCUAAAAAAAAAAAAAAAAAAAAAAAAAAAAAAAAAAAAAAGGAAGACAAAAAAGGGAAAAGGUACUAAAAUAAGAGCAGAGAGGUUAAUUUAAAAUGACUCUUGGCUAGUUUCCAUUUGUCUUAAUGUAAAUUCCAGAAAUUAGUUGCUAUCUUUAGAAUGUCAUUUUUGGGGCCUGAUAUUUCAUUAAAGGCCUAUAUGAAGACAAAAAAAAAAUAAAAUAAAAAAAACACAACCUGGUUUAAUUUCUUGGAAAUGACUUGAGAGCUUCAAAGUAAUAACUCUUACUGGAAACUCAGCUAAUGAUUUACAUGUUAUCUGUACAAAUAUUUCUUCGUGGAUGGUACGUACGUGUUGAAGUAAUUUAGUGGCAGACUGGUUUCUUUUUGUAAUUUAUUCUGAAAAUAAAUAUUCAGUUUUUGCAAUUGACAAUUCAGACUGAUUUCAUCUCAAAGGUAACACAUUUUUAUGAUGAGUAACGACUUCUGCUAACAGCACAUUUUGUCCUGAAAGUCAAAACAAAAAAAAAGACAACAAAUACUCUUUAUGUUGGUAUUUCAUAUCUGAAAAGCUUUCAACAUGAUCAGUCUAGUUUUGCCUACAUGUCCCUCCAGCUGCAUAAUAAAAAAAAAACAGGAAACUCACCCCGAUGAAGCAAAAGUAAGACUGAAAAUUAGGGAUUUCAGGGCUAACUUAAUUCAACACAGAUCAUCAGCUGUGGUAAAAAGGCUGCAGUCAGAAAUGAAAGCUUUCUGCACUGAAUUAGAGGAUCAGAUGACCUGCUGCUUGGGUGGAAACAUGUAAUACAAGUAAUAAUGAGACAGAGCAGUAAAGCUAAAACAGAUGAGAGCAACCCAAUGAAAAAUUCGCCAUUAAAUUUGCCUUCUUGCAAAAGCAUCCAAACUGCUUUGAUCAUUUUCCCCUAUUCUUUCAUGUCACGACCACAAACUUUUCAUUAUUUUAUGUGAUAAACUGAUGCAAAGCAGCAUGUAAUUGUGAAGUUUGUGGUUGUAAUGUGGCUUCACUGUCACUCCUACGAACUCAAAUCAGAGACAAGUCAGGCCAUUCAUGGUUUGAGAUACAUUUAUUGUAUAACACGGCUACGAUUCGACUAGCAUGCAAAGUCCGGUAUGACACAUGUAAGGCAUUUUCUCCAUGUAAAAGCUGCCUUUGUCACCAGGUAAUCCAGUUUUUAAAGUGCAAAGUCCACAGAAUGACUCAAUUUAUACUACAGCACUACAUUGGAAAUGGAUCUAUUGACCAGACAUGUCAUGAAGAAAAACUAAGUCAGGAUUGCCGUAAGCUAGUAUCACAUUACACAAUGCAAUGACGACAAGCAGACAGAUUUACAGAUCUGAUUCUGAAAAGACGGCAUUACGACGCGCCACCGUGUGCUGCUGCGGCAUCAACGGGUCGUUCUUCAUGAACCAGGAGGAGUCAGUCACUGGACAAGACUGUAAACUGUGUCUGAAGGGUUUGGUCUCCGGUAACAACGAUAAAGACACAUCUGUGUUUACACAGACACAUGAACAAACACUCCCACUCACACUAUAAAAAAAAAAAGAAAAAACAGAAAAAAA